GGCGCUGCCUGUGAGUGACACACAAUGAGGCGGGCGGCGGGGCCGUGAGGGGCCGCGACCGAGCAGGCGGCGGCCGAGGCGGUGGGGAGGGGGGUGGGGGGGACGGACAGAGCGGCUUCUCUCGUGGACUGAGCGGGGGAAGAGAUUCUCUCCCCCCCCGCCCCGCCGACCGGGCAGCGAAACCGCCGCGGCGGCGGGAGCGAGCGAGCGGGGCCCGCGGCGCUGCUGUGCCCAGCCAUGGACAAUCAGUGCACGGUGCAGGUGAAGCUGGAGCUGGGGCACCGGGCCCAGCUGCGCAAGAAGCCGACCACGGAAGGGUUCACCCAUGACUGGAUGGUGUUCGUGCGGGGCCCGGAGCAGUGCGACAUCCAGCACUUCGUGGAGCGCGUCGUCUUCCGGCUGCACGAGAGCUUCCCAAAACCCAAGCGAGUGUGCAAGGAGCCCCCCUACAAGGUGGAGGAGUCUGGCUACGCUGGCUUCAUUAUGCCCAUUGAAGUGCACUUCAAAAACAAGGAGGAGCCCAAAAAGGUUUGUUUCACAUAUGACCUGUUCCUAAAUCUGGAGGGGAACCCACCUGUGAACCACCUUCGUUGUGAGAAACUGACUUUCAACAACCCCACCAAGGAAUUCAGGCGCAAACUCAUCAGGGCUGGAGGGGUAAUGGUGAUGCCAGAAGGAGCAGAGACUGUUUCAAGGCCGAGUCCCGAUUAUCCGAUGCUGCCCACGAUACCUCUCUCUGCCUUCUCUGAUCCCAAGAAGACCAAGCCCUCCCAUGGGUCAAAGGAUGCAAACAAGGAAAGUAGCAAAGCAUCCAAGCCACAUAAAGUAACCAAGGAGCACAGGGAGAGGCCCAGGAAAGACUCUGAAAGCAAAAACUCCUCCAAAGACCUUGAGAGAGAACAGAACAAGCCUUUGAAGGACUCCUCCAGAAAACCAACUGAGAACAAACUGCCUAAGGAGGAGAAGGCACCUCCAAAAGCUGCUUUCAAGGAACCAAAACUGGCCGUGAAGGAGACCAAACUGGAGAACACCUCUCCAAAGGGGGGGCCACAGCCGGAGUUAAAGUCUUCCAGCAAGAGGCCCUCCAAUGUGGAGUCACCAAAGCCUAGUGCCAAAAAACAAAAAAAGAGUAGCUCCAAAGGGGUAAAGAAUAUCCUGGGGACAUCUCCCAGAACCUCGUCUUCCUCGUAUCCAGAGAAGAAACAAACCAAGGAGAAGAUGAAUGCCAAAGUGGAAAAGGUAAAAUCUGAGAGCGAGGCCAAGGAGAUCAAAAAGCCUGUGGAAAUGGAGGAGUCCAACUCAGAGGAUGAAACUUCUUUCAAGUCAGAGGGGGUUAAGUCUGUCCAGUCCAGCCCUUCCAACUCCAGCUCCAGCUCCGACUCCAGCUCUGACUCUGAUUUCGAGCCAUCUCAGAACCACAGUCAAGGCCCCCUGCGCUCCAUGGUGGAGGAUCUGCAGUCGGAGGAGUCGGAUGAUGACGACAGCUCCUCGGGAGAGGAGGCAGCGGUGAAAGCAAACCCCGUCAGCCGGGAUUCCAGACUGAGCCUCAGUGACAGUGACAGUGACAACAGCGCCGACUCGUGCCCGCCCAGCCGGGAGCCACCUCCUGGCCAGAAGCUGCCCCCAGCAAACAACAAGGCAUCUGGAAGGAAAAGCCCAGAGUCUUGUAACAAGCCAGAGAAGAUCCUGAAGAAGGGAACGUACGACAAGGCCUACACGGACGAGCUGGUGGAGCUCCACAGGCGGCUCAUGGCACUACGGGAGCGCAACGUGCUCCAGCAGAUCGUGAAUCUCAUUGAGGAAACCGGGCAUUUCAACGUCACCAACACAACCUUUGACUUUGACCUCUUCUCCCUGGAUGAGACGACCGUCCGCAAGCUGCAGAGCUACCUGGAGGCCGUGGCCACAUGACGCUGGGCCUGGGAAGCUGGCUCUGCUCUUCAACCAGAGAUCCCCUCCAUCGGUACCAGGAAACCACCCCACGGAACUAGGCCUUCUUAUCCUCCUGCCUCACCCGAAGAAGCACUGCCUUAGAGAACAGCCAUGCUCUAGGAAUGCUCAGCCAGCUGCACUUUUCUUGUAGGCUUCAAACCAGCGCCCGCCUUGCUGAGCCUGUGCCCCGGCUUCGUGGGCCAGGCCCCGAGCAGAGCGGGCGUGCUGCACUUAGGCUGCACAGCGCGACCUUUUUGGUUUCCCUUCGAGCAACUGUGUUUCAAGAGCACAUUUUCCAGGCAUCUCUGAGCUCUGAAGAAGCGUGGAUGCUGUUCCCUUCCCCUGGAGCUCGGGACCAGCCCGUGGAGAGCUCCGGAGCCAGAGCCCUCCCGCUCUGCCCGCGCCGUGUGGGUGACAUCGGCUUUGACAGAGCUGGCCAGGACGCUGGGGACACAGGAGGCUCCCCGGGCUCCUGCUGGUCUGCUGCAGAGGAGAGGGGCUGCAUUCCAGCUCCAUUCCAGCUGGGAUCACCCACUGGCUUGGUGACCUGGCUCCCGGUGGGGACAGG